AUCCUGGAUCUGGCGCGGCAGAGGGGCCGGCGGGUGAAGGUGGUCGGGGGCGGCCACUCCCCCUCCGACAUCGCCUGCACCGACGGGUUCCUCCUGCACCUGGGCCACAUGGACAGCGUCCUGCAGGCGGACCGGGAGAAGCUGCAGGUGACGGUGGAGGGCGGGAUCCUCCUGUCCCGCCUCAACGCGGCGCUGGACGAGCUCGGCAUGGCCCUGCCCAAUUUAGGGGCGGUGUCGGAGGUGACGGCGGGCGGAGUGAUCGGCACCGGCACCCACAACACCGGCAUCGCCCACGGCAUCCUCCCCACCCAGGUGGUGGCCGUGACGCUCCUGACGGCCUCGGGGGACAUCCUGGAAUGUUCGGAAUCCCGGAACUCGGAGCUUUUCCCGGCGGCGCGGCUGCACCUGGGCAGCCUGGGGGUGGUGCUGAGCGUCACCUUCCAGUGCGUGCCCAAAUUCCAGCUGCGGGAGGUGGCGUUUCCCGGCUCCCUGCCGCAGGUACCGGCGGGAAUCACGUUCUUUCCCGGGCUGGUCCGUUGGAUCAACCGGGGUUUUUUCCGGCUGCUCUUCGGGAAGCGCCAGGAGAGGGUUGGGAGGAGCCACCGGAUCUUCACCUACGACUGUCGCUUCCAACAGCACGUCCAGGACUGGGCCAUCCCCAU